AUGUGGAUUCUUCGAUUGCUCACUUGGCUCACUGUUUUCUUCUCUUGCCUUCCCGUUCACUCAUUCAGCCAUAGUCUUCAGCUUGAGAAGAGAAGAAUAGGCCAUCGUCUGCCGAAUAUCCUUCACGCAAAAGCUGGUCGACCAGAGUCUCAUGAGAUUUCCAAGCGACGAAUCGGUCUUCGUCUCCCGAAUAUCAUUUAUUUACGCCCUGAUCAAGAGAAAAAGAGUCUUUUCUGG